AUGAAACUGGAGGGGACCCCGCGACAAUCGCCGUUGGGCCCAACAGCACAACACCGUACCGAUUCCAAAUUCUCAGCCGGCAGCUCUACGUCAUCUUCUGCUUCUACCACUAACGGCGACUUACACUUUACCACUAAGAAAAGAGAUUACAUGAGUUCUCUGGUACCCCCUUCACCACAGCAAUUCGAACGAAUUGCGAUUGUUCAACAGCAACGCGAACAAGAAACAAAGCGCAGAGAUCGCGAGCGAAGGCGCUGGUCGCGCGAAACCCAGCGUCAGCGCCUUAGAGCCGUCAGUAUGUCGACGGUCAGUCAGGACGACAAGGCGCAGGCGCAAGCUGCGCGCACUAUACAGAAAACGUUCAGAGGGUAUCGCGCAAGAAGAGAGAUGCAAGGGUUUGGUUUGGACGCAAGUACAAGAUGGGUUACUGCAAUUCGAGAAGCUCAGUUUCGACAUGCGACAUUGCCACGACCGAAAACAGAAGCUGAUAACGAAGCUUUUGAUAAGUCAAAAGCGGACGGUUUUGCGAAACACAAGUCGGCCAGUGCACGAGAGAAAUGGAAGAAGGCAAGCGCCAUUGCUCGACGAGCGGGUCAUGAUGAUCUUUUGUCAGAUUCUGAAUCUUCUGAAUCGUCUUCCGAUGAAGAUGCCUCCCCCGAAGAACGAGCUGCUGCGCGAGCGCGACGUGAGAAAGCUACUGCUGCGCGGAAACAUGAGGCGCGCAUGAUGGGAAUUCGAUACUUCCUCGAGAUGGUCGACCAGAAGCACCGUUACGGAAGCAAUCUUUGCCGUUACCACGAAGUUUGGAAGCGAGCAGAUACAGCCGAGAACUUCUUCUACUGGCUUGACUAUGGUGAAGGCCGCAACGUUGAGGUUGAUGGUUGUCCACGCGAUCGACUUGAGCGGGAACAAGUUCGAUAUUUGUCCCGUGAAGAGCGCCAGUACUACCUUGUUGAAGUUGAUAGUGAAGGCCGACUCUGUUGGGCAAAGAAUGGCCAGCGCAUUGAUACCACAGAACAGUUCAAGGACAGCAUACAUGGUGUUGUGCCUGUGAACGAUUCCACGCCAGCUUUCAACGCCGCAGCCCAGCCCGAGGAUGCACGAUCCCUCGAAACCGUUAGCAGUUCCAGCUCCGAUUCUUCCCUCGAGUCACGACGAGAGGCAGACCGGGCUGCCAAGUAUGCGACCCCUGACUUUGACAACAGUCAGGGUAUGAACAAAGUGUCACAGAUUUCGGCGUCCACAAUCUUCAACAAGUUAAUGCGCAAAUCUGUCCGGAAGAAUACAUGGAUCUUCGUUGCAGACACAAGCUUUCGCAUGUAUGUGGGCAUCAAAGAUUCAGGGGCAUUUCAACACUCGUCUUUCCUCCAGGGUUCACGUAUCUCGUCGGCAGGCUUGAUCAAAAUAAAGAAUGGUCGGUUAUCAUCCCUCUCACCAUUGAGUGGACACUAUCGCCCGCCCGCUGCAAACUUCCGCGCUUUUGUUGCGAGCUUGCGGCAGUCAGAGGUUGAUAUGAGCCACGUCUCGAUCUCGAAGUCCUAUGUGGUGUUGAUAGGGCUAGAAACAUAUAUUAAGACGAAGCGUAAGGGCAAGGACUUUGCUCAGCGUGUGGGACACAGGAAAGAUAAGAUAAUAGCCCCAGAGGAGGCGGCGCGUAGGGAAGAGGAAGCCAAGGACAAGAGUGAAAGUGCCGCGAAGGAGAGGGAAGUCUUACAACGAGAAGAGGCAGCGAAGCAAGAGGGAAGACCAGUAAAGAAGGUCUUGAAGAAGCUUGGCAUUAAACCAACAAAGGAGGAGAAACAGGCGGCCAAGAGGGAGAAGAAGGAGGAUGUCGAGAAGAUGCGCGUAUAG